AUGGCGUCUGUAUCGUCAGAAGCCGCAGUUGUCGAUGAGUUUGCGGAUGAGUCUGAGGUCAGAGGAUCCUUGUACUUCAGUGCACCGGUCGAAGUACUACCUCAAACUAGACGGACGGCGAAUCUGCUCGCCCAUAAAGCUGCUGAGCAACAGAGGAAGAGGGAAGAGGCGGCGGAAUUGAGACGGAGGAUAGAGGAGGAGGAAAUUCAACGAAGGAUCCGCGAACAAGAGGCCAAAAAAUUGGAGUUGCUGAUGAAACAACAGCAAAAGGAAGAA